AUGGAUUCGGAAAUACUGUAUGUAAAUGAAAAUCCUUGCCCACACUGGAUUGUCCCUAUACCUAGCGACGGUUCGUGUUUAUUUCAUUCUUUGUCAUUCUCUAUGUAUGGGAAUAUUGAGUCGUCGUAUGAGAUUAGACUUGCUAUAAUCGAGUACGUGGUAGCGCAUUGGGAUAAGUUACAACUGUAUACUUGUGACGAGCGUGGAAACCCCUACAUUAAUACUGAUUUGUACAUGACGGCAAUGGUAAAAACAACCACCUAUGGUUCCACGUCUGAACUUAUGGUGGCCGCCGCUUUGUAUCCGUAUGCUUUCGAGGUUUACGAAAAUGGCAUUUUGAGAGGAUCACUCAGUGGUGAUUCUGGUAAUCCGGUGAAACGUUUACGAUUUUCUGGAAAUUUCUUAGGUGGCCAUUAUGAAGUGCUCCUUCCAGAAGUGCCUCCAAAUGUAGUUCGAAUAAAAAUAAUAAAAACCUACUUAAAACGGGUGGAAGACCUAAAAAGGCUAAUAAAGGAAGACCUAAAACUUCGGCACUAUCCCGUUCUCAACAAAUCAAAGAACAGCGGCUCAUUAUCGCCAGAACAAACCCGAAAUACGUUAGAAUGUUUUCUUGGAAAAUCAGAGCACAGAAGUAACCAGGAGCCAUAUUACGCAGAAGAAGCUUACAAUUUAUUUAAAAACAAGGACAAAGCUAUCGAAAUUGACGAUACAGGAAAAGCGGUCUUUGGGAAUGUGAAAAAGCAUGGCCAUAGUUUAGUUUGGUCUUGUAAUGAUCUGUGUGCUCUAGAUGAGAACGUAAUCAUACAAUUAACAAACAUUUUCGAAAGCUUGGUGAACAAAAGUGCAGCACAGUAUUAUACAUUAAUUGAAAAAGAAAAAAUGUUAGAGUGCUUAAAUUAUAUUAAAUUACUCAAAGCGCAUUUUCUUCGUCUUAGGACAAUUUCAAGAGAAAUAUAUCAAGUACAGAGUAUUUUUAACAUUUUAAAAGAUAUUGAUGAAUUAUUAGAAAAAUGUGACGUAGAAAGAAUCAAAGAACACGGGAAACAACAAAAAGCUGGCAGUAUUAUUGUGGAAAGUGAAGAGUCACAAGAAAUUGUAGAGGAUAAUGUCAUAGAUAAACAUAAGGCUGCGUUUAAAUCUCUAAAACUAAAGUGUCUUGAUACUCCAAAGCUUGAGUGCAUGUCGUGUAUAAAACUUUGUUAUUCAAGAGAUAUUUCAUCGCUAAAAAGAUUAAGAAAAGCUAUAGACACCAGUAUUUGGAAUAAUCUUCUCAAUUAUUACAAAACCAAGUAUCUAGAUCACAGCCCCUACAUUUGUCACACGUGCUUACAAAAAAUUAGAGCAAAUCAACUGCCAGCAGCCUGUGUUCUAAAUGACCUACAAGUUAGUACUGUUCCACCACAGAUAGCUGAGUUAAAUGACUAUGAAAAGAUAUUAAUUCAACGCGCCAAAGCAUUUCAGGUAGUAAUGCUAAUGAAUCCUGUUGCAAACAAACAUUUACCUAAUAGAAAUAUGGUGAAAAAAGUAAAAGGUAGAACUUUUCACCUUCCUUUGCCUCUUGAAGAAACUUUGAAAAAGCUGCCUAGACCAGAACACCUAAUUACUAACACUGAAAUGUAUAUUAUGGUACGAGGUAUGCCAACAAAAUCAAAAAUAGUGUGGGAGGAUAUUGUGGAUGUCAAUAAAGUUUACCAAGCCUUACAAUAUUUUACCAAGUUAGUUUACCAAGCCUUACGAAGAGCACAAUAUCCAUCAUAUAGUAGACCAAUUAGAAUCUGA